UAUCAGUAUUUAUUACGCUUGUUCGGUCAAUAUCUCUCUGCCCUUUCAGCUGAGAGACGCUCCCCACCCCUUCACCUGCAGCUCUUCACCCUUCCACCUUUUCCCUCUUCCUCUUUCAACUCUUCCUUUUUUCAAAACUCGACUUCUCUCUGUUUCAUUGACAGAAUAUUAAUUGUCAUCGGUUUUAUUUCAAUUUGUCUUGAAUUGUCUCUAUCACCGUCACUAUGAAGGGUAUUGAGGGCGAUGACGAUGCGCAGCUGGCUGCCAUGGGCCACAAGGCCGAAUUGAAUCGCAAUUUCUCCAUGCUGUCCAUGUUGGGUCUAGCCUUUGCUAUUCUAAAUUCGUGGACUGCCCUGUCGGCAAGUUUAUCGCUUAGUCUUCCUUCGGGUGGGAGUACGAGUGUUGUCUGGGGUUUGAUCACUGCUGGUUUCUGUAACCUGUGUAUAGCGGCUUCGUUGGCUGAAUUCCUCUCUGCUUAUCCUACUGCUGGUGGGCAAUAUCACUGGGUUGCAGCUAUCUCCUGGAAGAGAUGGAUGCCUAUCCUAUCCUGGAUCACUGGCUGGGCCAAUGUUUCUGGUUGGGUCGCUUUGGUCGCCACCGGUGGGCUGCUGGGAAGUGAACUCAUCAUGGGAGUUAUUUCCAUGAUGAACCCUUCGUAUCAAUCUGAGCGCUGGCACCAAUUCCUACUGUACAUUGCGUACAACGUUCUCGGCUUCCUCAUCAAUGGGUUGAUGAAUUCUGCCCUCCCGUAUUUCACCAAAGCUGCCUUCAUCUGGUCUAUUAGUGGUUUCACCAUUAUCUGCAUUACAGUUUUGGCAUGCUCGUCCGGUGAUUUUAACACUGGAAAGUUUGUUUUUGGUGAUUUUAUCAACACGACAGGCUGGCCUGAUGGACUUGCUUGGUUGCUGGGUCUGCUCCAAGGAGGUCUUGGUGUCACUGGAUUUGAUGGCGUCGCCCAUAUGAUUGAAGAAAUCCCCAACCCCUCUGUCGAAGGCCCGAAAAUCAUGGUAUACUGUGUUAUGAUUGGAAUGGUGACUGGAUCCAUCUUCUUGGUUGUGAUGCUCUUUGUUGCCGGCAACAUCAACGAUGUGAUCGACUCGUCUGCUGGGCCAUUGUUGCAGAUUCUCAAGAAUGCUACCAAGAGUAACGCUGGAGCUAUCUGUCUUCUCAUCUUCCCUCUCGUCUGCAUGCUGUUUGCAACAACCACCAUCAUGACGACUAGUAGCCGUAUGGUCUAUGCCUUUGCAAGAGACGGUGGUCUUCCUGCUUCUCCCUUUUUCUCCAAGGUUCACCCCAAGCUCAAGGUGCCCUUGAACGCCUUGAUGUUGACUGUCGGUUUGGUCGUCAUCUUCGGCUGCAUCUUCCUUGGUUCUUCGAGUGCCUUUAACGCUAUAAUUUCCUCGUCCGUGGUCAUGCUCGACAUCGCAUACGGCAUUCCUAUUGCAGUGAAUUGCAUCCGAGGACGCAAGAUGCUUCCAGAGCGAUCUUUCGUUCUUCCCAACGCCAUCGCCUGGAUUGCCAAUAUCAUUGCCCUCGCAUACAUCUCUCUCACCACCGUGCUUUUCCUCUUCCCUCCCGAGAAGAUCGUCACCGGAAGCAACAUGAACUACUGUGUGGCUGCAUUUGGAAUCAUCUUGAUCAUCUCAACAUUCCAAUGGUUUGUCGACGGCCGUAAGAACUUCGUCGGACCCCGAGUCGACGUGGAUGUGAUUUCGGGCGAGCCAUCUGGCCAUGCGGAGCCUGAAACCGGCCACGGUGAUUAUAAAAGUAGUGGGAAGUAAUUUGCUACAAUAUGAUGGAAGAAACAGGCUGGUCCGAUAUCUUGAGAAUUUGAGAAAUCUUGUAUUUAGAGCGUCAUCAUUCUUGCCCGAGAAAUCCACACUGUGUACAAUGUAAUAGC